UAUUAAUCACAAAGCUACGAAGCUGAGAUUACAACACUGAAACUCAAUAUUCUUGGAAGCCAUGGCUCGCUUCCGAAAUAAAAAGAAGGUGUUUGUGAAACCAGUUUCCAAGAAGCAGCAGGCUACUGUGGACCAUGUCACAGGGGAUAAAAUCCCAAGGAGCUUUGUGUUUUCCAGAUGUAGGUUGCCUGGUCCUCUAAGACAACUUCAAGCGGAUCUGAGGAAGUUGAUGCUUCCCUAUACUGCUCUUAAGCUUAAGGAGAACAGGCGGAACAAUCUUAAAGACUUUUUGAAUGUUGCUGGGCCUAUGGGGGUUACACAUUUCCUCAUGUUGUCGAAAACUCCAACUGCACCUUACCUUAGGGUUGCGAGGACACCUCAAGGCCCAACACUUACAUUUAAAAUACAGGAGUACUCUUUGGCAGUCGAUAUUGUUCGAUCUCAACUGCGGCCUAGAUGUCCUCAAGAUCUUUUCAAGAAUGCCCCCUUGAUCGUUCUUUCUGGUUUUGGGACUGGAGAGCAACAUUUGAAGCUCACAACAAUACUAUUUCAGAACAUCUUUCCAUCCAUUGAUGUUAACACUGUGAAACUCUCUUCAUGCCAGAGAAUAGUAUUGCUUAAUUACAACAAAGACACAAAACUGAUUGAUUUCAGGCAUUACUCCAUAAGAUUACAGCCUGUGGGUGUCUCCCGCAGAUUAAGAAGAUUUGUUCAGAACCAUCAAGUCCCUGAUCUAAGGAAUCUUCAAGACGUGAGUGAUUUUGUCACAAAGGCUGGCUAUGGAUCAGAAAGUGAAGCAGAUGAUGAAGCAGCAACAGUUACUUUGGCUAGUGAUCUCGGGAGGGUCAAUCGGGCUUCUACAAAAAGUGCUGUCAAGCUCCAAGAGAUAGGACCCAGGAUGACUCUUCAGCUCAUGAAGAUUGAGGAAGGAUUGUGCUCUGGUGGAGUCAUCUUCAAUGAGUUUGGAAAUGGUGAUGGUAAGAAAACCGAAGACAACCAUGAAGAUAUGGAGAAUGAUGAUGAUGAACAUGAUGUGGAAGAUGAAGAAAAUGACGAAGAAGAUGGUGAAGAUAUUGAGGAAGACUAGCCACUUCCGAAGCUCAGGGCUAGAUUGGAGACAGUCUGUCUUUUCUUUUGUACUUGACAAGCCAUUUGUAAUGGUGGAGAAUUUGGAUGUGUGCAUUCUUUGUGAGGACCGAAAUUUUGUGCACUCAUCAAUAGAUAUGUUUUGUAGCACCAAUAACGGUCAUGUAACUCAGUUUUCGUUUUGUUCAAGUUGGAAAAUGUGUAGGUUGAGCUCAACAAUAUAAUUUCUUCAUUCAAAAUUGCAAUUUUCAAAUUGGCUAAA